AAGGUUUUAGAUAGACCUUCGUAACUAGAAUUGAAAACCGUUAUAAUAUACGGGGCGUUCCACUUAAAAUAACGAAAUUGAUUACAAGAACCGGUAUAACCGGAAGUACAUAGAUCUCGUUAUUUCAGUUGAGGGGAGCAUAUUCAAUAAUGCUUUUGUACACAUUUUCAAAAUUUAAAUCGAAGUAGUUUCCAAAAUAUUCUAAUGGGUAGUCACCAUGAGACACCCCGUAUAUAGAUUCUGUUUAAUUUUAUUAAUCAAUUUUCGUAGGAACGAUGAGAUUGUAAUGCCAGCGGAACAUACAGGUUUAGUAAAAGAAAAUUACUUGUGGAAGGUAUUACUCCGACGAGGAUCCACGAAAGAAGGUGUCUAUUAUCAUACAGCCAGUGACGAUUUUGAUGAAAAUCUUUUUUCUUUAAUUUGGGGGCCCGUGGUUUCUGCUUUAUCGUUUGUGUUUAGCAAAUCUGAAGAUGUGAAUGUUUACAAACGUGCUCUGAAUGGUUUCGAAAGUUGUGCUUCAAUUUCUGCUCAUUUUACCAACACUAAAAACUUGGAUAUGCUCGUGUUAACUUUAUGUAAAUUCACAAUGCUUCACAAUACACAGCAAAAAGUUAAUCCGGUAGCUUUUGGUGCGAGUCCGAAAGCUCAAGCUGCUUUUAAGGCAGUUUUUGCCAUGGUACACCAGCACGGAGAUAAUGUCCGUGAAGGUUGGAAGCAUGUAUUGCUUCUGAUUCUUUCGUUAUAUAAUGCAAACCUUGUACCAAAGACAUUUCUCGAAGUUGAAGAUUUUACCGAGCCAGAUGGCAAAAUUUUGCUCAUUUGCGAACCGGUUCAAAUGCAGAAGCAAGAUUCGAACAUUUUCAGUUCACUCUACUCGUAUAUGGUAUCUUCGUCCUCCUCUGAAAAUCUAAACAAUAAGAUGCGAACGAUAGAAGAGCAACAGGCUGAAAAAUGUAUUGAACAGUGUAAUUUAGAUCAACUAAUUACUGAUUCGAAAUUCUUACACGAAGAAGCGCUUCAAGAACUAGUUAAAGCACUUAUAGAUCUUUCAUGGGGACCAGAUGUCGAAAAGUCCCUUGGCUGCACGUAUAACGAAAACGUGACCGUGUUUUUCCUGGAACUGUUACUAAAAGUAGUAAUUCAGAAUAGGGAUCGUGUGAUGUCGAUUUGGCAAGUGGUUCAUAAUCAUCUGUAUACUUUGAUAGUGAAUGCUUCACAUCUCGACUACCAGUUUCUUCUUGAGAGAUCGGUAGUAGGACUUUUGCGACUUGCUAUUCGGCUGAUGCGUAAUGAAGAGAUGAGUCCUGCAGUGGUGCAAUCAUUGCGAAUGCUACUCUUACUUAAAACUACGACCUUAUUCAAGAUAUCUAUACAGAUCUCGUGUGGUCUUUAUGAGUUGUUGAAAACAUCUGCACAGAAUAUACACACGAACACAGACUGGAGUAUCAUAUUCACGCUGCUAGAAUGUGUUGGAGCUGGUGCACUACCUCCCAAACCUCUUUCCGACGAAAUACUUGCCGAACAAGAGUUAAAAUUAGAAGGAAAUGGGACAGGUGAAGAAGAAGUAACUGUUUCUGAAAAGGGUUACCAAUCGGACUCAGAAGUCAUUACGCCAGUUUCAAAAGACAGCUCUAGAUCGCAAAGUCCCGUUGCUGCUGUGACCUGUACAAACCCUUCAACCCCAGUUAACACUCCUACGAAUCAUGGUGGAUGGAUUUUGUUAGGUGCAGAAGGUGAAAUUCAACCCGUCAUUGGCAGAACUCUUUCGGCAGAUCAGUAUGGUUUAGCACUGGACUGUAAUUUGGGUCUCCAUAAACCGAAAUCACUUCUUAAAUGCUGCGAAAGCCUAGCAUUUCUAGUCCGAGACGUGGCCCAUAUAACACCCUAUAAUUUCGAUAACUGUGUCCACUGUGUUCGCACAUUCGUUGAGGCCAGUUUAAAUGGUGGUAAAAUAAAAGAUUCAACUUCAACUAGAGAAUCGAGAUCAAGGAAGAUGUCAAGAACAAGAAGCAGUCAUGGAAGAAGCCCCGCCACUAGCAGUCCAGAUGAAGACGAUAGUGAAGAUGAAUAUGUUCCUAGUGGUUAUUAUCAAACUUCAAUACAGUUACUAGAUUUGAUGCACACGCUGCAUACCAGGACAGCUCAAAUAUUUAGAUGGUGGGCGGAAGAAGGAGGUGAAAUAGCCAAAGAAACAUCGUUAUGGGGUCAAGGCUGGUGCCCUCUCCUGCAAGGUAUCGCCAGAUUAUGCUGUGAUAAUAGACGUCAGGUUCGAAUGAGUGCGAUAACAUAUUUACAACGAGCUUUAUUGGUUCACGAUUUACAAACAUUGAAUGGUCCUGAAUGGGAAGCUUGUUUUCACCGGGUUUUGUUUCCACUUCUUUCUAUACUUUUAGAACCUAUUGGUCCUAAGGAUCCACAAUUUUUAGAAGAAACAAGAAUACGAGCUGCAACUCUUCUUUCAAAGGUAUUCCUUCAUCAUUUAACUCCUUUAUUGUCGUUGCCAACAUUUUCGAAUUUGUGGUUAAAUAUUCUGGAUUUUAUGGAUAAAUAUAUGCAUGCAGAUAAGAGCGAUUUAUUAUAUGAAGCAAUUCCAGAAUCACUAAAAAAUAUGCUUUUGGUUAUGGAGUCGGCAAAUGUGUUUAAAGGAAGAAAUGACUCUAGAAAUCAGCUUUGGUUCCUUACGUGGGAGAGGAUAUCAAUAUUUUUGCCAAAUUUAAAACAAGAAUUAUUCAACGAAAGAGAACAGACUUGGAACAUCGAACAGAAGAACAUGAUUGAAAACAAUUCAAUGAAUAUGCAUCCCCAAUCGACCACAAUUGUGACUCAACAUAACGUGGAAAAUGCUACCCGUUCGAGUAUAAUUCUCCAACCACCUUCUUUGGGAAAGAACGUGGCUUCGAGUUUGUUCUCACAUUUAGGACAGAUGGUUUCGACACCUAUUGUGCCACCAGAAAAGGCAGUUAGUGAAACGUCUCUUUCAUCAAAUCCUCUCAAAAGCCCAGAACAUUCUUCAAAUUUAUUGGUUUACACAUCAGCAACCGAAGAAGCCCCUCAUGUGUUUCCUGUUUUGUAUAGUUCUCCAAAAGCAGAUACUACAUCAUUAUAUGGAGAGUAUAUUAAGAACCCCUACCAUUCAGUUGAUGAAGAAAAGAUGACGAAAGAGGUUGACACUGAAGAGAAAAGCCAUAAUUUUGAACCCGGUAGUGUCAGUUUAUUAUCAAGUUAUUUCGGUACGAUUGACUCUGGAACAGAUUUUGCAUUUCCAGAAUCAAAAACAUUUCUUGGUUCUAAUGAGGUAACAGCUGAAAAUAUUAGUUUUAAUUGUGAAAAUAACAUUCCAGAAGAAAAUAUCAAAUUAGUAAUUAACUAAAGCUUUUCAAUUUA